CAGCAACAGAGCGACCGCCCCAAGCUCUUCAUGCCGCCCAUGACGCACAUGAACAUGCACGUGCCCGCGCAGCACGACUACAACCACCUCAUGCAGCAACACCACGCGCAACACCAGCAACACCAGCAACAUGCCAUCAAAUACGAGCCGGGCGCGCACUACUACCAGCCUGCGCCUCCUGCCCCUUCCGCCCAACACGCGCCGCUGCUGCACGUGUCGUCCUCCGCGUACCAGCCGCAGCCCACGCCGCCCAGCGCCGGCUCGAGCCCCGCGGCCAAGAAGCGCUCGCGCGAGGACCUGAACCUCAAGGAGAAGCAGCGCAUGUUCAAGCUGAACGAGCGCAUCGCGCAGCUCAAGACGCUGCUGGACGACGCCGGCGUGCAGACCAAGAAGAGCAAGCAGAGCAUCCUGGACAACACGACGCACCUGAUCGAGAAGCUGCAGAGCGACCUGCUCAUCGCCAACCAGAAGGCCGAGCGCGCCGAGCGCCAGGCCGACAGCUUCCGCGCGCAGGGCAGCCGGGCCGGCUCCGCCAAGGUCGACAAGCUGCUGCGCACCUGCUUCGAGCGCACGUCCACGCCGCGCGUGGUGGUGGACUUGGGCUUCAAGACAGUCACGUUUAACGCCGCCUUCGCCAAGUUCGUGGGCGUCUCGGAGCCCGCGCUCAAGAAGAAGAAGACGCUGCGCCCGUACCUCUGCGCGGACAAGGAGGCGCUGGACAGUGUCUUUGAGAAGACGCGCGACUCGAAGCAGUCGAGGGGCGCGCUGGUGAAGACGCCCGCUGCAGGGGGGAAGAGCGUGGCGGUGAGUCUCGUGGCAGCCGCUGUGACCGACGACAGCGGCGAGGUCGUCAACAUUGAGUUCAGUCUCAUCCCGAUGGAC